UAACAACAAACGUUUGACAAAGAGAACCACUAAAAAAAUAUUUGGUUUGGUAUGAUCAGCUUCACAAAUCAAAAACUCUGGUUUUGUGCAUUUGUGAUAUGAUAUUAAAAUGCUGGAGGUUUUUGUAAGAAACAAGACAGGUAAUGUGGUCUGAAGACAAGUUUAAGUUUUUAAAAAAUUGAGUCUUUGGUAACAUAAAUAUCUGAAGUUGAGUUCAUUGACUCGAUAGUAUGAGUCUUGGGGCUUGAAACGAGUCGAGGAUCGAUGAAAGUUUUUACCGAUCUUCGAGUUUCCAAAAGCGAAGCACUUAUAUCAAUUUUAGGGUUUUUACUUUCCAAAUUAUAUAGUAUAUUUUUUCUUUUUGGGGACGAAUUUGGCUUUCUUUCUAAUUCUAUAUAACCCGCGAGAGAGAGACCUUGACCCUCACCUAUAAACCUCGAAACCAAAAUUCGUAAAAAAAUUGGCCCAAAAAGCCAUCUCUUUUGGCAAUCAGAUUGAUUACUUUGAAACUUUCUCUGGGUCUCUGAGAUUUAUUCUAUUAUUUAUAUCUAAUUCAUCUCAUCAAAAUCAACUGCGACGAUCGGCGAAGAAUCGGAAACACAGAAAUGGGGUGUUGCGCGAGCAAUACAGCUGGUGGUCCAAAGGCUAAUCGGAUCUCUCGGUGGCGAUCUACGGGCAUUGUUGGUCUCCGCGACUCCAAAUUGAAGACAUUUCCUGAUGAAGUGAUUGAAAUGGAGAGAGCAGUGCGAACACUUGAUCUAACACACAAUAAGAUUGCUGAUGUUCCUGGAGAAAUCAGCAAGUUAAUCAAUAUGCAGCGUCUGUUAAUAGCUGAUAAUCUAGUUGAGCGCCUUCCAGGGAAUCUAGGGAAACUUCAAUCUCUCAAAGUUUUGAUGCUUGAUGGAAACCGCAUCAGCUGUUUGCCUGAUGAAUUGGGUCAGUUGGUAAGGCUUGAGCAACUAUCAAUCUCAAGAAAUAUGCUCAUAUACUUGCCUGAUACUAUUGGUAGUCUCCGCAAUCUAGUGCUGUUGAAUGUCUCAAAUAACAGAUUGAAAUCCCUUCCAGAAUCAGUAGGGAGCUGUGCUUCUUUAGAAGAAAUACAGGCUAAUGAUAACGUUGUUGAAGAGCUUCCUGCAUCACUCUGCAAUCUGAUUCAGUUAAAGUCGCUUUGCUUAGACAAUAAUCAAGUGAACCAGAUUCCAGAUGGAUUGCUGAUACAUUGCAAGAGUCUGCAAAAUCUUUCUUUGCAUAACAAUCCUAUUUCCAUGGAUCAGUUUCAGCUGAUGGAAGGAUACCAAGAAUUUGAAGAGAGGAGAAAGAAGAAAUUUGAUAAGCAAAUCGAUUCGAAUGUGAUGAUGGGCUCUAAAGGACUUGAUGUAGGCGUUGAUAAAUGAGAACUGUCUUCAUAUCCCCUUACUUUGUCGGAUUGGUGAAUGAGGAUCAUCGUUUCGUGUAAGAAAUAUUGUUGUAAAACUCUCUCUCUCUCUCCUUCUCUCUUCUGCAAGAUUUAGAAUCUCUGUCAUCUGUGACUCUGCCAAUUCUUAUGAACACAUACACAUCCACGCAUGUACGUAUAUAUACUAUAUCAAGGCGUGUAUGUGUCUGUAUAUGUAUCUUUACGUGUGUGUAUACAAAACAUAUAGGCAAACCGAUUCUUGCCUUUUGCUCUUAUAUUGAAGUGACGAUUCUACUG